AUGUCGAAGAACCAAGCAAGCCUUCUUCUGCAGAAGCAGCUCAAAGAUCUGUGCAAGAAUCCGGUUGAUGGUUUCUCUGCUGGGCUCGUCGAUGAGGAAAACGUUUUUGAGUGGAGCGUCUCCAUUAUCGGUCCUCCUGAUACUUUGUAUGAAGGAGGGUUUUUCAACGCAGUGAUGUCGUUUCCAGAAAAUUACCCAAAUAGUCCACCAACUGUGACGUUCAAGUCGGAGAUGUGGCAUCCUAAUGUUUAUUCUGAUGGGAAAGUUUGCAUUUCAAUUCUUCACCCUCCUGGUGACGAUCCUAAUGGAUACGAGCUUGCCUCUGAACGUUGGACCCCUGUCCAUACGGUAGAAAGCAUUGUGUUGAGUAUCAUCUCUAUGCUCUCUGGCCCGAACGAUGAGUCGCCGGCGAAUGUGGAAGCUGCAAAGGAAUGGAGAGACAACAGAGCAGAGUUUAGGAAGAAAGUGAGCCGAUGUGUUCGAAGAUCGCAAGAGAUGCUAUGA